AUGACAAUACACUUCAGUCAAACAUCCAUCCAGUCAACCAUCCAUCCAUCCACACUUCUAUCAACACUUGAAUCAAUUGUCCAACCAUCCAAUCAAUCAACAAUCCUUUCAAUUCAAUCAACCGCUUCCAGUCUGACUGUGGCGGGCUUUGGCUUCAGGACAAUCGGUAGACUGGUCAAGCAACCACUUCGAGCAACCACUUCGAGCACCCACUUCGACCGUCCCUUAAAACCAACCCACCGAACGAACAACAUCCACCAGUCUGACCGUGGCGGGCUUCGGCUUCAGGACAAUCGUCUAACCGUGGCGGGCUUCAGAGCUUCAGGACAAUCGGCAGACUGGUGGCAGCCCCUUCUACCAACCAUCCAACUCGAUCACCCAUCUCAAUUACCCACCUCAAUUACCCACCUCAAUUACCCACCUCAAUUACCCACCUCGAUGGACAACAUCCGCCAGUCUGACCGUGGCGGGCAUCGGCUUCAGGACAAUCGGCAGACUGGUCAACAAUCCACUUUGACGAUCCACUUCAAUUUGAACAAGCAUCCACGUUCUCAUACCCGUCCACUUCAAUCAAGAAUCCACUUUAAACAAACGUCCACAAUCGACCAUCCAUAUUAA